ACUGGAAGUUCCGUUUGUAUAUCUGAUACAGAAAAGGACUGCGUUUCAAGUCGUUGGAAUUAAAUACAGUGGAAGGAAAAUUGGUACAGAUAUGACAGAUGACAUAUUUAAAGCUCCUCGGAAUAGGAGACCGAUAAAUAGGCACGAUUUCGAGCACUCGGUUGGUGUGCCUCCAAGUAAACGGAAGAAAACAAAGGAAGACUUUUAUACAUUUUGUACUAUGAUAUUGGAAUACACACAAUAUGAAUCACAUAGACAGGAGGAGUUACGUGCACAAAACAAUAUCAGUCCUCUUGACAGCAGUGGCAGUACAGCAGAAAGUUACUCCUCUGAUACCACAUUGUCUGCUGAGAGUCCUGGUCACCUGGAAUUAUCGCAUCACCUAGACAUGGCUGACUCCGAUAACUCACAGUACAUGGAUGAUGAACAUUACGGAUAUAGUGAUACCAAUUUUCCAGAUGGUCGAGGUAUGCAAGAUGAUGAAUCGUGGGAGUUGAUCACAUGUUUUUGUUUGAAGCCAUAUGCGGGUCGACCAAUGAUUGAAUGCUCGGACUGUAAUACAUGGAUCCACUUGUCCUGUGCUAAAAUACGCAAAAACAACAUCCCAGAUACCUAUAUCUGUCAAAACUGUAGGGACUCUCGCUAUACAAAACGAAAAUCAAAUCGGAUACGGACUGAAAACAAUAAAUUCAACGUAUAACCCUAGCCCAGCUUCUUGUCAAGGUGUGUGCACGAACCUGAGCCCGGGGAACAUGACACAAAGUGAGCAUGUGCUUGACUUGGAUGCGUGCACCACCCGGCGUGUAUCUUUAAUGCAAUGAUUGUGAUAGUGGUAUUUGUUGAAUGACUUGUGAAUCCAAAUGUUAACUGAAAGGUGACUGUUAUGAUGCAUGUGUCCAGAUGUUUAAUGAAGAUUGAAUGAGGAAGUGUGAUUGUAGCAUGUGUGAACAAUGGAAUAGCAAGAGCAAUAUAUAUAUUGUUGUAUAUGUGUAUAAUCUACAAUUUAUAGAUUUAUGAGAAAGUGAAGUUAUCUAUGUGUUAAGAGUCUAUUUGAUAAUGUGAAUAUUUGAACCUGUGUGUGAUAUGAAUCAUGACUUGACAUAUAUAUCAACAUUUUUUAUUAUUUAAAUGAUGAAAACUUGGUAAGUUUGUGUUUUAUUUCUCGUUAAACAAGUGUAAAUGUUUUUAAUGCCUUUUCAUGAUGCACAUCAUCUAUGGGCUUACAAACUUUUGUAAAUAAUGCAUUUGUUUUAAACAUUUUGUAGUUGAAACAUUCCAUUUUUUUUUGUAAAAGAUGAAAAUGACAUAAGUCUAAAACUGUAUAUUCACGAGAAAAACACAAACAAAUAUGAUGAAAAGGAGUCAUAAUAUAGCUGUUAUAUAAUCCUCUUUUAAACCUAAUUUAUAAACAGUUGUAUUCAGAAAUCUGGCAUUAGUUUUAUUUUUCUGUUGGUCAAUUGGACGUCUCGAGCAUUUUUCUAAAUCAAAGUCCAACAAUCAUUGAGCUGUAUAAUUAGAGGAGCACCACACUGUACUUAUAAUAUCAUUGUGUUAGGUCACUGUGACCUAUAUUGCUCUUUUUAAUUGACUUUGGUAAAUCUGUGUUUACAUUGUUUGCUCCAUUUCUAGAUGAGCAGAAUCAGUAGACUUUUUUGAUGUUUAGAUAAGAAAUAUGUUCCAUCUGUCAACAAGCAAGUACUUUCCAAUCAAUUUUUAUUUGCAUCUUGUUGUUAACAAAGACAGAAAUAUUAGGUCUGUUCUUCAAUAGAAAUUAUAGAUUUAAAAAAAAAUUUGAUAUUGACAUUUUAUCAGUCUUAAGAUUCUCAGUGUAGAUUUUUUUUAUCUUUACAAUUCAGAUUCUGUUGGUGCCUGACAUUUUUUUAAAAGCAAAUUAUCUAUAUGUCCGUCCUUUGACCUUAUCCUCUUAAGAUAUUGAAAUGCAAGUGAUAUGUUUAUGCAAAAGAGAUAGAUGGGAGAUCUCAUUAGAUGUCACUCCAUGGUAUGUAGUCUUGGUCAGCAAUGUCUGUGUCAUAAUAUAUUUUUGAGUGUGAAAGAACACGCCUUCAUCUUUGUCUCAAUUUGUCAACCUUGAGUACGAAAAUAUCUGCCUUCAUCUCACUCAUUUGCCAGUUUCAUAAAUGCAUCUGAACAUUGAAAAACCUACUUCCUUUCCAAAGGAAAGUUUUGCAAAACUGAACAAAGAUUUCUUUGAUUUUCAUUUUAGAAUUUAUUUCAUUCUUUCUUUUUGACAUAGACUGUAAGGGAUUUAUAAAUAAAAUGCACGAUUUUAUUCAUAUUGUUAAUAGUUUACAUGUUGAAGUUAGUCUCUUUGGGUGAUAUGUUGAAAUUGAACAAGAAUUAUUCGGGUUCAGAUUUUUAACAAAGAACCUUUGGUGGAAUGAAUUAUGCUUCAACUGACAAAAUCAACAGUUAUUUCAUAAUGUCUGAGUUUGCUUUAACUAGUGCCUAAAUUUCUGUUGGAACAUCUAAAUGUAAUGAUUUUUGACACAGAUAUUUGACACCUGUACUUUUCUGUGGACUCUCACUUGUUUGGACAAGAAUAUAUGUUGCCUAAGAGCUAGGAGACUCAUCAAAUUGGAUGAAGUUAAAGAAACCCCUGUAUUCUAUAUAAAUCUGCAUAUUUUGGCUUGAUUUUAGCUAUCAUGGUGCAAGUGGAUUUGUGGUUUCCAAAAUAUGAUACAUGAAUAUGUUAUGUUUGUGUGUCAGUUAUGCAUUUUAGUCACAAUUCAGUGGUCAAGAUAUUUAUACAUGAUGUGCUCUACAAAGAAAAUUGGGAUAUUUCCUUUAGAAGCAGUGAUGCGCUGGGUCAAAAGUUUGGUCGAUACAGUUUUGCCGCCUAAUUGACAAUUUCGCAUUUUGAAAUCCAUUUCUACCAUAAUUUUAAAGCAUAUUCAUUUGGAUGUGAUCAACUAUAGGAAAAAAGAAAUCUAUUGAAAAUGUAAUUUUACUUUUAACAGAUGAGAUGAAAUUUCACUCAUGUAUAUAUAUUUAUCAAUGAGACCGAUGAAAUUGGAUAGUAUUGAUAUAAAAAGCCUGUGUAAAUUUUGCUUCUUGAUUGAUACAAUGUGAAAUACAUGGUAUACCAUAAUUCUGGUCAAUGAAUAAUUAUUUCAUGUGUAAACGGUGAUUGGUCUGAGAAAGUGUACUGUUAGAAAUUGAUCUCUUUUCUUCAUACAUAAUUUUAUUGUUGUUUUGAAACAAACAAAAUUUGUUCACAUUUAUGUAUAGUGAUAAAAUGUUAUGUUACACCUCAUUGUUUUUAUGCCAUCUGUUUGUUUUAAAAACAUACUUAAAUUUUAUAAUGCAUGUAUGAACUAAGGGAGACAAUCGGGUUGAAAUUCAUUGCUGAUUUCAAUAACGGUAAUGUUCCAGGAAUUCCCAACUUCUAAUCUACAAAUAGAAUUUAACAUUGACUUUUAAUUUGGUUUUUGAAAAAAGAAAAAUUAAAUUCUUUAAAUAUUAAAUCAUAUCAGACUAUUUUGGCAGAUUAACAAACAUAAGUAAAAGGAUGGAACAUAUAUUUGUAUAUUUGCGAGGUGAGUGUUGGUUUUUACUGGUAAUAUUUUACCAGAGCUAUAGCUCGCCACACAACAGUGCUGUUUUAUCCUAGACUGAAAUCCUUUGCAAGGGAUGAUUCGAUAUGAAGACAUUUUUACAUGUACAUAAGUUCCGAAGAAUUCCACAUGUUGUCAAUGAUUUUGUCACUUCCUUUGUUAUUUGUGCUUAUUUCGAUUCUCUACUGAAUGAUUUCAUAAUAUUUUGAAGAUUUCUUACAAAGUCUUUUGGUACAAAAGUGUAUAUAUUGGUGUGAUCACCAUCUUGUUUUGUACUAAGAGUAACGUCUUUAUUUUCAUAUGGAUCUUUCCUUAUACUCGUGGAAAUAUGUUUUUUUAAAUAAAAAAUGAAUCCGAACUAAAGAUAUCAGACAUUUAUUCACAUAAAAUAAUUUAAAUGUUUUGAAUGUGAAUAAUUUGACCCAUGAAAAUAAAGAGAAUUUACAGUAGUUGAUAUCGUUGUCAUAUAUACUCUUAUAGAAAGGAGAUUGGCAUAGGAUUUAAGUGACAAAAUCAUCUUUGUAAUGUGAUCAAUUCAUUGUACAGUUUUGUAGCUAUCAAAGCAUUAUAUUUCUGUUGAAAUACACAUUAAACAAUGCUGUCUUGAGAAUUUCAUAAGAGGCUUCUGUUUAUGUUUUUUACAGUUACGUUUUUGUUUAUUUGAUGAGGAAAUCUGGUUUUGUUGACUUCAUUUUUGCAAAACUGCCAUUUGUUAUUUCUUUAAAGUUUCAUUUCUGUGAGCAAAUAAGAAUUCUUUACUAUUUUUCAUCAACUAUUAAAUCUAAAUAUGGGCAUUGAGAUACUGGUAGCUCGGAAGAAAAACUUUAUACAUGAAAUUAUUCAAUGCCACUGAGGUAUUCUGCUAUUCAUAAAAGCUUACAGAGACCAACAUGAAGUAAUUGCUAAGUUAAAGGUGAUAUAUAUAUAUUUAUCAUUGUUCCUUGAAGUUAACAUUUUGGUGUCUCUAUGAUAAAUCAUUUCAUACCAACUUUGAUUGAAUAGAUUGAUAAUGUUCAAAUAAGGCAGAAUUGGUUCUUACAUUGAAAGUCACUACAAGGCAGCUAGGUAUGUGAAAGUUUUGUGUUGUUGAUCCUGCCAGAGUUGAAAGGUUAUGCCAGGCUUUCUCUAUGCGUACUAGUUGAUAUAAUUGAUGACAAUAAAGCUCUACACAAGUCUGCUUUUCUAAAAAUUAUUUUUUAUAAAAAAAGAUACUUCCCAAGUGCUUUCUGCUGAUCUGUCUUUGGAGUAUGUGCUACUUUGCGAUGAAAUUCAUUUUUCUUCAGAACUUCGUUCUUGUAUUGUCUGGUAUCAAGUUAGGAAUUUCCAAAGGAAAUUUGUAAAACACUCUAGAUAUGUUUAUGCACACAUGGCAGAAAAACUUUCUUCGUAUGUCGGUCCAGAAGUAUUUAAACCUUUACCUAAUUUAGGACACCAUUCACUCGUUGCAUUUUUUGAAUACCCCAUAUUAUUUCCUACAAUCAGAUGAUUCAAAACAGUGGGCAGGAGAAAUGCACAACCUACUGUAAUAUUAAGGUUUAGUCUGAGAAGAGAGAGAGGGUUAGUGUAUUCAAAUAACUAGUAAAAACUGAAUUGAAGGGAGGGUAUUAAAUGAUUUAUUGUUGAGUCUAGACUAUGAAUUCUCUGAGACAAGGACCAAAGUUUGAUAUUUGACAUAGAUUUCAGUGUAAUGCACAUAAUUGUGGAAUUGUCUCCCUUGGCUAGGGGAAUUAUAGCUUGGAUAUGAAACCUUGUAAAGAAUGUGAAUAUGUCAUAAGCUGGUGGCUGACUUACAAAAUUUGAAACAUGAUGCGUAAUAAAAAAACGUACUAGAUUUUUUUUAUACAUUCUGUAAAUAUAUACAUUUGUACAGACAUUUUUAAAAAACAACUUUGUCAUGAACCGAAACCUUUCACAUUCUAUGAUUAUAAUAUUAAAGAUGAUGUAAACUAAUUAUGAGGAAGGUUUCUUUUUCAAGGUGAUUAGUUUAAAUUUUGUUUCCUGUUUUGUAAAUACAAUGAAAUUCUCAUUAUUUGAUUUUGAUGGAAAUUAUGACAAACAUUAUCAAUGUAGAAUGGUUUUAGAUUAAUGUGAGAUGUAUGUUCAAAUUGUAGCAAGUGAUAUUUGUUAUUUUCUGAUAACCCAAAGUGUCCUUUUAUGCUUCAGAAAAUAUCACUUGAAACCAAAGUUCUUACACUGUAGAUAUAAUACCUGCCCAGAUGUGAAGUUUUUUCUUUGCUACAUAUCUGAGAAACCAAGUUACACAAAAUGUACAAAGUUCCAUGUUCUGUGAUGAUGUUAAUUAGUAACUGAACUUGAGGUCCAAUAUUGGGAAAAAGAAAUUGGAUAAUUCCAUUUAAAAUUUUAAAAGUGUUUUCAUUGUUAAAGUUAUCAAAUAGAAUAAGAUUGAUAAACAGGAAGAAUAAAUCUUCCAAAUGUUGUAUGAAAAUUUUAAGUGUAAUUAUGAAAAUGUAAUAGAUUUGAUAAAUAAUUGAAUAUUCCUUUAAAAAAAAAGUAUUCAGCAAGAUUCCCCAUAUAGGGCCUCGAUUGGACAUUUCACUCUGAGGUCACAGUUCCUAUUUAUAUAUACCCUAAAUAAGGGCAUUGUUAUAACCGUGUUUGUGUUAAGCCAGUUUGUGUGGUGUUAAGUCUCCCAAGGACAUAAUUAUAAAUUUCCUUGAAGGCUCACUGCAUUAUUUAAAUGUUUACAUAAAAUAUGCAGUUUGUUGCAAUCUGCAUUUUGCAGUCUAAUUAUGUACUUAUUGUGUCUCCAUGCUGCCAAACCAGCAAGGAGUAAAUAAAUUUUGUUACAAAACAGAAA